UCCUGCGGGCCUCCUAGCUGGGAGGAUGUAGCGCUGCGGUCACUGGCCGGGGGUCGUUGGCUGCCGCGCUGCUCUCGCUGUGAGCCCCACACACCGCUGCUCCGCACAUGGCAAACUCGGGCUGCGAGGACGGCCCUGGCCAGGAGGAGGAGAGUUUUCUGUACUUCGCCUACGGUAGCAACCUGCUGACGGAGAGGAUCCGCCUCCGGAACCCCUCGGCCGCGUUCUGCUGCGUGGCCCGCCUGCGGGAUUUUAAGCUUGACUUUGGCAACUCCCAAGGCAAAACAAGUCAAACUUGGCAUGGAGGUAUAGCCACCAUUUUUCAAAGUCCUGGCGAUGAAGUGUGGGGAGUAGUGUGGAAAAUGAACAAAAGCAAUUUAAAUUCUCUGGAUGAGCAAGAAGGGGUUAAAAGUGGAACUUAUGUCAUAAUAGAAGUUAAAGUUUCAACUCAGGAAGGAAGAGAAAUAACAUGUCGAAGUUAUCUGAUGACAAAUUAUGAGAGUGCUCCUCCGUCACCACAGUAUAAAAAGGUUAUUUGCAUGGGUGCAGAAGAAAAUGGUUUGCCACUGGAGUAUCAAAAGAAGUUAAGAGCAAUAGAACCAAAUGACUACAAAGGAAAGGUCCCAGAGGAAAUUGAAGACAUUAUCAAAAAGGGGGAAACAAAAACUCUUUAGAACAUAACAGAAUAUAUCUAAGGAUAUUCUUUUUAUGUGCUAAUAUAAAAUAUUUUUAACAUUUGGGAACAGGGAUCUGACAUAUAUACAUUUUAAAUCUAUUUUCAACAGUGCUCUGAAGGGAUAUCUCACUUGAGUGAUUCCUUAUUUUCAGACUAUAAAUAGAAGCUGGGGUAGGAGUUAAGACAUUAUAAAAAGGGCUAUGAAGCCCUGGAAUGCACGACAAAUGGAUGUGGGUGCUCCUGUGAACAUUUAAAGCUAUUUUCUUGAGUUGAUCUUAAGUGUCUUCUUGCUCUGUAGCUAAGGACAGAUUUGUAGCCCACUUGAUGAUGGUGCUGGUGAAUUGCUUUGCCCUGUCUGGGGGUUUUUAUUUUUUUAUUAUUAUUUUUUUUUCUAAAAGAUAACCGGUAAGGGGAUCUUAACCCUUGACUUGGUGUUGUCAGCACCACACUCACCCAGUGAGCAACCAGCUAUCCCUAUAUGGGAUCCGAACCCGUGGCCUUGGUGUUAUCAGCACCACACUCUCCCAAGUGAGCCACGGGCCGGCCCAGUCUGGGAGUUUUUAAAAUCAGCUUAAUAAGAAUAAUCAAACUGCAAAGACAGUUAAUAAUAAAAUUUUGAAAACUGGAAAGAUGGUAUACUAUUGUUAGAGGAAUAAAUGUAUUUGUGGUUUAGCCUGUU